AUGGCUGGAAAACGCAAACGCACCUCCUCCGAUAACGCUGCGAGUGCUGCCGACAACACCGAAAUGGAAGAGGCUCCGGUAGCGGUACUCUCAGAGUGCCCAUUCAAGAUUGAAUACAAGUCUCCCGCGAUCAAGAAGGCGAUAGUCAAAAAGGCCAAGCAAGCUGCCGCAAAGCGCCAGAAGUCCUCUGUUACAUCUGGGGAAGCGCCGCCAAAACAGGAACUAGAUCAGACGGUACCCGAGGAUAUGCCUACAACUGUUUUCACCAUCAAUCCAAAGAAACAAUGGGAUACUUUGAAGAAGUAUCGACAUUUCGUUGUGGGAACCGAGAGCUUUGCGCUCCAGGAAUAUAUUUUCGUCAAUCACGAUAACAUUCCACAUGGAAUUGACAUCACAAAUAUGGACGAUCAUAAAUUCUGGGUAGCCCGGGUCCUUGAGAUUCGAGCCAUCGACGAGGCACAUGUUUAUCUGCGUGUGUAUUGGCUGUACUGGCCCGAGGAGCUUCCAGGUGGCAGAGCGCCAUAUCAUGGGAAGAAGGAACUAAUUGCUAGUAACCAUAUGGAGAUCAUCGAUGCGAUGACGGUUUCUGGAAGGGCGAAUGUCAAGCAUUGGCUAGAGUUGGAUGACGAAGAGGACUUGCCAGAUCUAUUCUGGAGACAGAAGUUCGACUUUCCGUCAGGAACUUUAAUGGAGGUCCGCGAACAUUGCAGGUGCCAUGGCUACUAUAACCCCGACAAGAUGAUGCUUGGGUGUACACAUUGCAAGAACUGGCUGCAUGAGGAGUGCAUAGUUAGCUCUGUGCAGGAAUACAUCAACGAGGCCCUUAUCGCCGGCCAGGACCCCAUGUCGCCCACAGUGGCGCUCACCUCUGCUCCUGAGCCUAUGGCCAAUGACGAGGAUACAAUUGUCACUACACAAGAAGCGACAUUGAAAAAGGGUCGUGGCCGUAAGUCGCUUUUGGGGGCAGCUGUUUCCCCCGCCCCAGCGACGCCAAUAACCCCAGCGAAUGGGAAAAAUGGGGGCAAGGGAAAGGGAGGCAAGACGGCAACCCCGGCGAAACAAUUGAAAGAGGUCGAGGAGAAAUUUGAAGUCACGGUGCGCUCAGAUAGCGGGAGUAACCCGAUGGUUAUCGUAAAGGACCUUAGGGGUGGAGCGACUGGUGCUACACGGGAGUGUGGCUUUCUGUGUGGCUACUUGCUUGGGACAGGCCAGCUUGACGCGAAUACUAUCCGCGAUCUGCCUCAGCUUUCCCACACGUUCACACACCCCGCCCGCCCCGCCCGUCCAUACCAAAUCCCAGGAGAGCUUAUAGACCAAGACCUCGAAGUCCGUCCCACGCACCUCCGAGCCCGCCCAUACCAAGUCCCCGCAAAUCUCAUACACCAAGACUUCGCAGGCCGUCUCGCAAUUAGGGCCGAGUCUGGCACCAAUUCUAGUUCCACCACUCGGACCGGUUCGAAGCGUGGUUCCCACCACUUGGAUGCCGCUCGCGAAGCAAAACGGCGCCGCUUUAAGAAAAGAUUCAAUUACAGUUCUUCACCUUCACCUUCACCUACUAACGCCUCCGCGGAGAUAUCUGAUACUACUGCCUCUGCGAAGAGACCUACUACUGCCUCUGCGAAGAGACCUACUACUGCCUCUGCGAAGAGGCCUACUACUGCCUCUGCGAGGAGACCCACUACUGCCUCAGCGAAGAUACCUGCUACCACCGCCUCUGCGAAGAUACCUGCUACUACUGCCUCUUCGAAGAGACCUACUACUACCGCCUCUACGAAGGUACCUAAACACGAACCAAAACACGAAUCUAAACAGGAACCAAAACACGAACCAAAACGCGAACCUAAACAAGAACCUAUUGAUCUCUCAUAUCCACCCGCCCCACGUCCACCCACCAACCGUAUAGUCACCGGCAUCGUCUACCCAACAUCACCCGAGACGGCAUCCGAGCGAUGGGCCAGGGCCGCGAUGGAAACCGGGUACGGCGAAGCUGUCACCAAGGGGAUGUUUCUCAACGGCGAGAUCAAAGUGGAAGGCCGCCGGGCCUACACUAUCAACAGGGCCUACCCCUGCUCGAGGUGCAUUAGAACCGGCGCUGGUAAAUGCGUGGUUCCAGAUCCGGAAUGGGAGACGUUCUUGAGUGGGUAUACGUGCCAGACGUGUACGAGGGCGGGUCAGAGUUGCUCGUCCUGUCGUGACUACGAGUAG